UUAGGAUAGAAUUGCACGUGAAGUCAACACGUGGCUUACGGCUGCUGCUGUGUUCUUUCUUCACUGAAGAUCACUUCACACGCUUCUUGGUAUCACAAACGCAAGACCAUCCAGGGUGUGUGGAUCAGUUUCUUAAUCCUCUGUUCGUGACAUCGUGUACUUUUUCAAGUAACCGUGGUGAAUCCUCUAGGUCUCUGUCCUGGAUCGACCCUGAUUACAAUGAUGAUGAUAUCCAGGCGCUUACGGCGAAGAUGUUGUCAUUUCUGCGACAGGAGGGUCUCGUGUCGCAACUUGAUUUUCGGCUUUCUAUCGCUCACCUUCGUCGUGCUGAUUUCUAUUCACUUCAAUCUCAACGAGCAGCCAAUCUACCUCUACAAUGUAGAAAGCUGGAACCAGACGGAACCAAGUGUCAGAGCGGAAUGGGACGACCAGAAGCUAAGCUACCAGGACAGAGUGAGACGCAUCAUGGAAAGACAGAUCUUCAGGAACAAUUCCGCCCUAGACCACGAACAUGAUAGUGCGUGGAAGUCCCAUGCUCUGAAGCUACCCUGGUUCAUGCGAUCGGGAGUGAUUAGGCCGUCUCCCUCAAGCAAGGGCUCCCGUUCUCAGACAAUCUGGCCUUCCAACUCCAGUGGCGACCGUAUCGUGAACCAACUAAUGUAUCUUCCACCGUAUUACAUCACUCGUCAAAGAGGCAAUGGUACGAGUCUGAAGACCAUAGUCCUGGACGGUUCUUGGGACGAUUUUGCAGAGGGUCGUGACCUGUUUGUUCGCGACAAAUGUCCGGUGGACACGUGCAGAGUGUACAGGAGCGGUGUUCUCAACGAGACCGCCGACGCCAUUGUUUUUAAAGAUUACGUCUACACGUCCUACAGGAGAGAUCCCGGGCAGAUCUGGAUCUUGUACAUGCUUGAAAGUCCCUUUCAUAACACAAUUCUUAGCGGGAAAGGAUGUAUCAACUGGACCGCCACAUACAGACGUGACUCCGACAUCGUAACACCGUACGAAAAAUUCGUGUUAUUCGACCCAUUGGUGAAGAAACUGCCCCUCAAUGGCAGGAACUUCGCCCAGAACAAGAGCAAAGCAGUGGCUUGGUUUGUGUCCAACUGCGUAGCGCUCAAUUCUAGAAUGGAAUACGCUCUGGAACUGCGAAAAUACAUCCAGGUGGAUAUUUAUGGAGCGUGUGGUCCUCUCAAGUGCCCACGGACUGAAUCGGAGCAGUGUUUACAAAUGCUUAGUGAACAUUACAAGUUCUACUUGGCUUUUGAGAACGCCAACUGCAGAGAUUAUAUCACGGAGAAGUUUUACAAUGCAUUGCGUCAUAACGUGAUUCCCAUAGUGAUGGGCGCCAGUCGGACGGACUACCAGAAGGUGGCGCCUUUUCACUCUUACAUCCACGUGGACGACUUCGCGACACCCAAGGACUUGGCCGAGUACCUCAAACAUCUGGAGCGAAACACGAACCUGUACAACGAAUAUUUUGCUUGGAAAGGCACCGGCGAGUUCAUCAACACUUACUUCUGGUGUCGCCUGUGUGCUAUGCUUCAUUCUCCUCCCCGUCCACCUCAUGGCCAUCACGUGUACGAGGACGUUCUUUCAUGGUGGAACAAAGACGCAUGCAUCGGAACCACAGGGAACCACGGAACCAGUGUGAUCAAUGCACAUAUUGGAAACCAUGGUGAACUGUCUAUAGGUCGUUGCUUAGUACAACUGUUCUCAGUCUAUGGCUUAUGGCUUUUGUUUCGUGCCGUAGCCCAAUGGACAAACUGUAGAAAAACGAACGGCGUAAAUCCAAUAUCGUCAAUUUACGUGGAACUGAAUUUGGAAUGUGGAAUUUGAACGAGGAAGUACAUUUGCUGUCCGCUCGUGGGAGCUUUUCCAUGCGUGGUUCAGCGAACUGGUUUGGUGGUGGUGUGACUUGCGCUACGGGUUGUUUGAACUGGUGAAUCAUAAAAUGGACUUCAUUUUAA